AUGCAUUCGAGCAUUAUUUCUCCAAAAGAUUUUGUAGCAGAGUUGCAACAGGUUAGAAUACAAUUGGACACAAAMGAGAAUUUUGCAGAACAAGUGACAUUACAGAAUAUUAAUAAAUUAAUGCAAAUGAGUACCUUACAAGUGUUGAGAGUAAUGGAUACAUUAGUUUUUAUAAUAUCCAUCCCGAUCGUCACCACUAGAGAAUAUCGACUAUAUGAAGCAAUUCCAUUACCUGUAUCAAAUUUGCACAGAGGUAUACUAGACCUAGUCUUCUCAAAUGAGACAAGACUAUCUGUCGUUAAAUCUGAUGUUGUUACUGGUGCCUGCGAUGCGUAUCAUUCUGCAUUAAAAAUCAAAUUUGCUAUGAACAAUCUUAAGUCAAUUGUUUUUCAAACUGCUAUUCCUGAUAGUAGAUUCCUUAUUUUUGUGGAUGAUUUCAAAUUUUUUAGAAGAAUUGAUUCGUUUGCUGACUGUUUAACUCAUCAAGACGAAUUUAAAACACUUGUGUUGUGGUUUAAAUCUAUUGGGUUACAAUUUAAUAUUGACAAAUAUAUAUCUCAAGAUUCUGAAAUAAAUAAUUCAAAUGAUGCAAAGGAUGUAUUAGUUCAGUCAGCAGUGAUGGUAAAUUCAUUAGAGGAAAAGGAUAAAGAAAGAUUGUUACUUUUAAAGUCUUUAAGUGACACAAGAUGGGCAUGCCAUUCUGAGGGUUCUAAAACUUUAGUGUUGACAGAUAUAAGUCGAACAAAAUUGUGGUCAUCAAGUGUGGUACGUUGUAUGUCAUGGCACCCGCAAAUAACUAAAGUUGCGAUUGCUUCUUCUCAUGAUAUUGUUCAUGUAUAUAAUCGAAAAGGUUCUGAAGCGAAAAUAAAAAAUAAAUCUCAAAGCGCAAUUUUAUCAUUAGCUUGGAGACCUUUGAGUAUUGGUACUUUAGCAGUGGGAUGUGAAAAAGGUAUUUUCAUCUGGACAAUUGAGUUUAGUGACAUACAUUUAAGACCAACUGUAAAUAAUGUUAGCAAAUUUAUCAGAGAUGAUCAUAGAUAUAUUACUGGGUUAUCAUGGAAUAAAAUGGGUGAUCUUUUAAUAUCUAGCGCAGUAACAUCUAAAACAAUGUAUAUUUGGAAUUAUCCUUUAGAAACCUGUGUUCCAUUGCGCAGCAUUAGUUCUGGCACAUUAAAUUUUGUACAUUGGUCACCUGAUAAUACUAAAGUGUUUUCCUGUUCAACUAAUGAAACAUUUAGAAUUUGGUCCACUGAUAACUGGACUUCAGAUAAGUGGUCUUUGAAUAACCAGUCUAGAGUGCAAUGUGCAUGUUGGUCACCUUGCAGCUUAAUUUUAUUAUUUGCAACAGAUUCUUGUUCAAUUAUAAAUGCUAUUGACUUCCGAAAAUCAGAUGUGUUCAAUGGAUCAAUGAAUUACAAAAAAGUUGCAUGGCCUAUAAUUGACAUAAAAAGUGAAUGUAUAAAUGAAAAAGUAAUCGGUGGAACACUUUCUGACAUGUGCUGGGAUCAAAAUGCUCAACGUUUAGCUAUAACUUUUAAAAACAGUGGGUCUCUAGUUGUAUUUCAAACUGCUAUAAGUGAAGCUGUUGUUGAUUGUAUUCCAUUUUGCAUCAUUCAAGGGCGGCUUGAUGAAGAACCUUCUGCAAUUGCAUUUCAACCAACUUAUGAAAAGGGGUCUUUGUUAACAAUUGGUUGGUCUAAUGGGAAUAUUGAAUAUGUUCCAUUUGAAUAUACUGCUCAGCCAAAACAUGAACUUGAAAUGUUUGGAAAAAAUGUGCUUGGAGUAAAUAAUGAUAAAAGUAUAUCUAGCCUACCUAGUAUGUCAGCUACCACUAAUUCACUUUUUGAAUAUUUGUUAAACUAAUUAGAAAUGUAUGGUUUCUUUUUCUUAACAUUUGUACUAUUUUUGUAAUUUUUAUCCCAAGUUUAAUAUUAAAUUAACCAAUCAUUAUAAUACAAUUUA